AUGGUCCGCCCCUCGAGGCCGUCCGGAGCGUCGACGCCGUCAUUCUACAGAGUCAGUGUCGCCGUCGACCAGCAAACCGAGAAUUCCCCCGCUCACCCGCCGCCGGCCAUCAGACCUACCCGCCGAUACCACCGUCAACAGUGUUGUUCCUCAUGGCAUGAGCCAUUGGACCCAGACCGCCAGGCUUGUAGCAGAGUGUCACGGCCGCCCAGUGCAGUAUUUCCUGAAGGUCGUAUUGCCAGGCCCCGCCCUGCCUCUUGCCUCCUCCUGGGGCCUGUGGCAUCUCAGACCUCCUCGCUGAUCGUGCUGCAGACGGUCCGUGGCGACCGGGGACGCAAGGUCGUAUCCGGCGAGUACCGCUCCAUGACUGCCAUUCAUGUCGUGAUGCCAAGUCUAGUACCCAAGCCCAUCGCUUGGGGCUCCUGCGAAGACGAGCCCGACCUUCACUUCUUCCUCUCCGAGUUCAGGUCCAUGACCGAAGGACUCCCCGCCAUCGACGCCUUCUCACAGCGGGUGGCGCAGCUACAUCGCAGCGCGACAUCCCCCGACGGUCGUUUCGGCUUCUUCGAGCCCACGUGCCAUGGCCAUACGCCCAUCGAUCACGGCUGGCACGAGACGUGGGAGGCGUAUUUUGCCAGCACCACGCGACGCCUUUUCCAUUGGGAGCAGGCCGCCCAGGGCCCAAACCAUGACAUCCUCAAUCUCAUGGGGCCGUUCUUCUCCAACGUCAUACCGCGCCUGCUGCGGCCCCUCGAGACGGACGGUCGGUCCAUCACGCCGUCUCUGAUCCACGGUGACCUGUGGCACGGCAACGUCGCCACAGAUGCUGACACGCAGGAACCCGUUAUAUUUGAUGCCGCUUCGUCGUACGCACAUAAUGAGUAUGAGCUGGGUGUCUGGAGGCAGCCCUGGAAUGAACUUGGUGCGGCCUAUCGUGCGCGGUAUCACGAGAUUUUCCCACCAUCGUCGCCUGUAGAAGAUUGUGACGACCGAAACGCCUUGUACGCCACGCGGGUCCAUAUUCUUGAUUCGAUCCUGUACAGGGACGAUGACGAGUACCGCAAGAUGUGUGUUCCACCCGAGACAUGGUGA